AUGGCUUCCCGCCUUCAAGUAAAUAACUCACGCAGAUUGAAUGCAUCAAGAACCAAAACUGCUGAUGAGAAUAAUCUAAGCCAGCAGCUCAAAUCGAAGCAUAAUGCUGGUGGAAUGCCCUUACGCUCCGCCAAAUCCUCAAAUUCGAUAUCCGUAAAUAGCAAGAGAUCAGCGUUUGGUGAUGUGUCUAAUCAAGGCAAGAGACCCACAAACACCAACACAGAAUCUAAACCUGUCUCAAAUAAACGAGCAAGCAGCUUCAGCGAAGCUAGCAACAUCCCUCAGACUAAACUGCGUAUCGUACAACCAUCCUCGAAAUUGCACGUCUACAACGAAGAUGAUCAGAUGACUGACGACGACGGCGUUGACGACGGUCCACCCGAUAUUGAUCUCACCGAUGAAGAGGACGAAGUGCAAGUGCACGACCACAAAUUUGAUAUCGAGGAAGCUGACGAGGAGGACCUCGGUGAUAAUGAAUCCGAUGUAAUGGAACAGGACGAUAUUGAUGAGGAUGAUUGGGUUAUGAGACAUGUUGAAGUGCCGUCUCUUAUCGAGCACGUAAACCAUGUUCAGUCUAAUUAUAAGGAGGAUCUUGAUUUCUGGGAUACUACAAUGGUGGCUGAAUACGCUCCCGAAAUAUUCAGCUAUAUGUGCGAACAAGAGAUAGAAACUAUGGCAAAUCCUCACUAUAUGGAUUUCCAAUCUGAAAUUGAGUGGUCAAUGCGCUCUACGCUGAUAGAUUGGCUUUUGCAGGUGCAUUUGAGGUAUCAUAUGUUACCUGAAACAUUAUGGAUUGCUAUAAACAUUAUCGAUAGAUUUCUUUCCGUUAGGGUGGUUAGUCUCGUCAAGUUGCAGUUGGUUGGUGUUACUGCAAUGUUCAUAGCUGCAAAAUAUGAGGAAAUCCUUGCACCUUCAGUUGAUGAAUUCGUUUACAUGACUGAAAAUGGUUACACAAGAGAAGAAAUAUUAAAGGGCGAAAGAAUUAUUCUUCAAACUCUCAAUUUCUCUGUCAGUUCAUACUCAUCACCGUACACAUGGGUGCGCCGGAUAAGCAAAGCUGAUGAUUAUGAUAUACAAACGCGCACAUUAUCAAAAUUCAUCAUGGAGGUCGCUUUGCUUGACCACCGUUUCCUUAGAGCUCGUCCAUCACUCACUGCAGCCGUCGGAAUGUACGUCUCUAGAUUGAUGUUGGGUGGUGAUUGGAAUGAAGAUUUCGUCUACUACUCUGGAUUCUCAGAGAAGCAGCUAGAAAAGCCAACUGAAUACAUUCUCGAAACACUAUGCCAACCACGCUUCGAUAGUCAAUUCUGUUACAAGAAGUAUAGCAACAAAAAGUUCCUUAAAGCCUCAAUCUUUGCUCGUGAUUGGGCUUUGAAAAGCAGCUAG